AUGUCAGAAGAAGCUGCAACCAAAAAACCAAAACAUGAUGUAAAAACAGAUAUUUCAACCAGUGAAACGACGGUACCUACGUUACCUAGAAGUACGCUUUAUGUUAGCAAUUUGAAUGAUCAAAUUAAACUGGAAGCUUUAAAGUCAAACCUAUAUUUAAUAUUUUCGACUUUUGGGGAGGUGUUAAAGAUUUCUAUGAGUGCAAAGCUAAGAGGACAAGCGUUUGUGACUUUAAAAACUGUCGAUGAAGCUAAUUUGGCUAUGAUUUCGUUACGAGAUGAACCAUUUUUUGGGAAGCCACUGAAAAUUCAAUUCAGUAAAUCAGAGACAAAGGAACUUUAA